AUGACCUCCGAAUCCAACACAUCCCAAAACACAACCUACACAACCCUCCUCACCACCCUCCCCCUCCUCUCCAUAACCCCCUACCUCCUCACCCCAAACCUCCCCCUCCUAACCCGCCUCCUCGCCAUAAAAUCCCUCCUGGCGACCUUCUUCCUUCUAUACGUCCUCAAGCCCCAAGAUACGGGGUUUCCCGCCUUAAACGCCUGGGCCGCCUCUUCUUCCAAGCCAACUCCCACACUAGAGUCAACGACGAGCAGAAGAGGAAGAAGAACGCAGAUCCAGGUUCGACCGGGGGUUUUUCGCGAUCUGGACCUUUCGCUGAUGGGCGAGAAUGGGAAAUCUCCCCUCUUGAUCUGGUUGCCUUACCUCAACAUCGCGCUGGCGGGUGUGCUCGCUCUCUCGGGCCUCGUGAAUGAUCGACUACCAUUGUCGCUGGCUUGGCUGCCUGCUCUCGUCUAUGGGCUCGUGGUAGCGGCGAAGGCUGUCAUGGCGGGCGUGGAUCCUGAGAGUGAGCUGAGGGCGCUCAAGUAUGAUUACAAGGGCGCCUAG